GUGUAUGGGCAGCUAGCUGGUGCUGGGCACAGGUCUGGGCAGAGCGUGGCUCCUGGUAGAGGGCCAUAGCUGUCCCAUCACUGCCGCCUUCUCUUUGCUCGGGGGAUUACAGCAGGGAAGGUGUGUGAGAGUCUGCACAAGUGGCUGCCUGCUCCGCAGAUUCCUGCUGCUCCCAGGUGAGGCUCGUGCACACCUCCGCUCCACGCUCCACACCUGGAGGGGCUCCGACCGACUCCGGGACUCCUGCAGGACGCCUCAUCAACCGCAAGGCCGUGGUCCUGUUGGAUUCCAGGUUGGGCGUCCCACUGUAAUCUUGAAUUAUCUGGAACCUCUUGGACACCCCAGUGAUGGCGACUGAGCACCCGGUUACUGCUUCUAUCCUGGCCCCUGAGCGUGGCCCUUAUGAACAAGAUAGACCGGUGGUACCAGAAGAUGUCUACUGAAGGAUUUACUGACAUAAUUGGAUCAGAACAUUACCCUUGAAGGUGUUACCAUAGAGGGUCUGAACCUGUACAGUCACUGGUGAAAAGUAAUGAGCAAAGCCCAGCGCAGAGGAAGGAGCCUCACAACAGGGGCCCCAUAUAUUGUGUGUGGAUAACUUUAUAGGCUCCUCUCCAGCCCUGCCCGAUCACCCUGAAGAAGACCGGACGGGAGUGGAAGAAACCAGGACAAGUGCAAGGAAGCCUUGGGAUGUCCAAGUCUCAACAGCCAUAAACCUCAGACCUCGCCAUCCUCUCCGCGCCUCAGGAUGGGGCCUUCCCUACAUGUCUCGCCCUAAUCUGCAGGAUAGUCACGCUGCGCCCUUCCACUGAAGACCCUGCAGUGCUGACCAUGCUCUGGCGCCCUCCGCUCCUGCUCUCCGCCUUGUCUUGGGUCCUGUUCAUGUUGCAGACUUCAGUAACAGCUGACGAGUGCACGGAGCGCUGCGACCUGUACCACGGACACUGUGACGAGGACGCUGUGUGCAGGUGUGACCCUGGUUGGGACGGUCAAUUCUGUGAGGACUGUGUGAGGAUGCCCGGCUGCAUCCAUGGUGUGUGCCACCAGCCCUGGCAGUGCAUGUGUCUGAGCGGCUGGGCCGGGAAGUUCUGCGACAAGGAUCUGCACAUCUGUGAGCGCUCCAGUCCCUGCCAGAACGGGGCAGAAUGCAUCAUUACCCCUGAGGGCGAUUAUUCCUGUGACUGCCCAGAAUCCUUCCAUGGCAAAAACUGUGAACUCAAGAGAGGGCCCUGCGAGGCACAAGGGUUACUAUGCCAGAAUGGUGGGACGUGCCUGGAUGACGGGGGCUACGCAGAGGUCUUCACGUGUCGCUGUUUGGCUGGUUACGUGGGUCGACUGUGUGAGACAGAUGUUGAUGACUGCCUGAUGCGUCCGUGCGCUAAUGGAGCCACCUGUGUAGACGGGGUCAACCGCUUCUCAUGUCAAUGUCCUCAAGGCUUC